UUAUUAUAUCUUGCUAGCUAGCUAGCUACCACUGUUGGAAGAACAAGGUAAUUGAUCAAGCAAUGAUUUCAAGGGGCACAUCUAGCUUCCAAAAUCAUCAAGGGCUUGAGAUGUUCCCUGACCAUGAAGAUUUGGUGUCACCCUCUGUGGAAUCUGGCUCAGUUUCACACUCCAGUACCCUCCUCUUCAAUCUCUCUAUUCUCAAGGACAAGGUGAGUGAGGUGCAGGCCCUAGUAGGUGUUAUUCUCUCCCCAAAUGAAACCCUGCCCGAGUCAACUUCCAUGGCCAUAUCCAGCAUGAACUCCACAAUCCAAGAAAUCCUAGUCACUGCCUCAUCAAUGAUGUUCGCCUGCCAACAGAUGGCUCUCACAACAACCCCUCCAGGUACCAAUAAUAACACCACUACAUGCACCCACAAAUUGCACCAGCCCAACAAGUUAUUGCCUCACUCAAAUUUUGGCACAAAUAGAAGUCUGCUUGGUAACAUAGCCAUAGAUAUCAGUGACCAUCAUCAGGGUUGUUUAUUUUCUAGCACUGAGUCAGAGGCACUGGACUGGUUUAGUGAAAGCUAUAACAACAAUAACGACGAUAAUAGCAAUAGCAAUAUUAGUAAGACUAAGGAAGACGAUCCAGGCGUUGUAAUUGGUGAAAACAACAUGAUUAUUACUAGAGGUGGAGCUCCAAGGGAAGAACGUGAACUUAACGAAGAAGGGUAUAGUCAUAGAGGGAUUUCACCGAAGAAUAGUGAUGUAAUUGAAUUGGAUGCUGCGGAUUUGUUGGCUAAGUACACGCACUAUUGCCAAGUUUGUGGCAAAGGGUUCAAGCGUGAUGCGAAUUUGAGGAUGCACAUGAGGGCUCAUGGGGAUGAGUACAAGACCAAUGCUGCAUUGAGCAACCCAAUUAAGAAUAAAGGGAAGUUGGAAGGGGAAAGCGAGCUUUUGAUGAGUGUGAAGCCAAAGAGAUAUUCUUGUCCUCAAGAAGGGUGUAGGUGGAACCAAAAGCACGCCAAGUUCCAGCCAUUGAAGUCGAUGAUUUGUGCUAAGAAUCAUUACAAGAGAAGCCAUUGCCCCAAAAUGUAUGUGUGCAAGAGAUGCAACCAGAAACAGUUCUCUGUGCUCUCUGAUCUUAGGACACAUGAGAAGCACUGCGGGGAUCUCAAGUGGCAGUGCUCGUGUGGCACUUCCUUUUCUAGGAAAGACAAACUCAUGGGCCAUGUUUCUUUGUUCCUCGGACACCAACCAGCUAUCAACAAUGUUGGUCUCUCGUCAUACUCUGGGAAAUUGGAGCACCACACAUUGCAAAUGCAGAUUGAUGCUACCUCAAGAUGAUGAUGAUGAUGUUCAUAUCAAGAGCUGCUCUCCCAGCUUCGUAACAUGUUUAAAUAAACUUUUCUAAGA